AUGUCUCUGUCAGGGACCCUCGCGCGCAGCCCCUCACCCGUGCGCUUUUGCCUCGCUGUUUUGAGCAGCUUGGUCUUAAGCUCGGCUCUGUUUACCUUUUCUUCUAGCCUUGUCGGCAAUCACAUUGGUCACGUUAGCAAACAUCUUGAAGAAUGGUGGGAAGUGGCAGGUUUACUGGCAUGGCGCGUUGCGGAGGUCGGUCUGGCUUGGGUACUAGGAUUUGACGGCUUCGAUGUCGCGUCAUUCGUAUACCUUACUCACCUACCCACCAAUGUGCUCUUAUCGGCAUUCUACGAUAUACGCCCAACAGCGGUAUUGCUUUCGUCUGCUAUUACAAUUAUAUCGACGGCGAUUCCGUUUGCCUUGUUGCGCCAACCAUGGCCUGCUCAUAAAAUGUCCGGUGCAUCCCCCGCAGUUGCCAACCGCGCCAUCCUACAAGACAUUGGCACUACAAUCUCCACCACUCUCACUGCGACUUCCAUCUACACUGUCAUUCUCUUCGCCAGUUUCGCGACAUGGCUCCCAACUCAUCUUGUUCUACACUUUGGGACAAUUGUGGAUAUCAGCAUUGUGCAUGAAGGGUCUGCCAGCAUUCGCGCUCUCCUCAUACCAUUGGUCCUAGCAGGCUUUGCUACUCGCGACUUCUUGUUCGUUAGCUCCGCUGCCCACUCGGCUACUGAGAAGACAGCACCAAAAGGUCGGAUAUUAAUUUCUCGCAUCGUCCCUCUCGCAACUGGGGUACUGCUCACUACAAUUGUGCAACUGGCAGGUACAAUCAAAAAUGUUUCUGUCGAGGGUGCGGCCGGCUUGGGUGCGCUUUUUGCGCUUUCAACAUUGGUUGCAGGUGCUGCCUUUGGCUGGAUUGAAGCAGUUGAAACCCUUGAAAAGUGA